AUGUCGUUGCCGUUCGCACCUAAAUUGCAGCAAAUAUCAUCUGGCAAGGCGGCCUCAAAGUUAUUGAAAAAGAAGGCUACUGAAUUUCUAGCAUGCACGCGUGCAACCACAACUCUCGUGGAGAUUUUAGAGUACUAUAAGGAAUGUCUUGCGCGCAAGGCACCCAUAACGCCAUGCCUGCUGACAUUGGAGUACUUAUUUACGCAACUGUUCCUUAGAGCUGAUAUUCGUCCGACCGAUAUAGAUGCACAGCCAACUUACGUGCCUUCAGCAAAAGAUCCACAAGCAAACCACAGACAAUGGUUGCUGGCUCAGUAUCAAGAGACGUGCGGUCUAGUUAUUGACGGUAUGCAUCAUGAGAAGGAGAGUGAAGCGUGCCAAGCGCUUGCAACAGCGAUGAAGCUACUUGCUGCCCAAUGUCUCCAACAACCGGAAGCCGAUCGAUUCCCGGUGGCAGGACUGAAACAAAUCCUUACUGCAAUGCUUUCCAUGGAGUGCCUCUAUAAGCAUCUCUUUAACCGUUUCCUGGAAUACUCGUCAUACCUGGACGUGAUUUUCUACUGCUGGAAAACGGUUCCAUCGUUGGUACCCCGAAACUGCGCUCCGACCGAUGUUUUCAAGCAAAAUUUUCUGCUGCUGCUCGAUGCGCUCAUGUUUGGCAAGGACAAGAUCAAGGAAACGGACAGUGUGCUCUGUGUGCCGAUGGGCGAUAGCUUCGACUAUGCGUAUGUUAGGAAGCAGAUUAACCGUACGUGGGGCUUCGUAAUGAACUGGGAGCAUAGUGAGGUGGUUCACGAGCAACUGCUUUUACUGCUUCUCGAAAAAGUGUUCGUCCAUCUUGAUAAACCGGUACUGUUGACCGAUUUUUUGAUGGACUCACUCGAUGUGGGAGGCACGGUCAGUGUGCUUGCCCUGCAGGGCGUGUUUGUGUUGAUCCAGCAGCACAAUCUCACCUACCCGAAUAUCUACGAAAAACUGUACUCCAUGUUCGAGCCUGAAAUAUUCCAUACCAAAUUUAAAGCCCGGUUGUUCUAUCUGGCCGAUAUCUUUCUUAGCUCUAGUCAUCUGCCGGAAGGAUUGGUGGCUGCAUUUGUGAAACGGUUGGCACGUCUCGCGUUAAUCGCUCCACCACAGGACAUUGUGAUCAUACUACGCUUCGUCGGCAAUUUGAUACUGCGCCAUCCGGCCCUGAAGCGAUUAAUCUUUCAUCCCACCGGUGGUGAAGCUUCCGGCGAUCCGUACAUAAUGGAGGAACGUGAUCCAAUGAAGUCAAAAGCAUUAGAAAGCUCACUAUGGGAACUUGCAGCCCUGCAAAACCAUGUACUGCCAUCGGUCGCAUCGGCGGCACGGUUCAUCUCGAACCCACUUCCAAGCGUAGAAUGGGACCUCUCGGAGGUGUUGGAGAUUAAUGAAAACGAUAUUUUUCAUAAAGAAAUAGUGUCAAAAACGAAAGAGUUUUUCGUAAACAUCGAUCGUCCAACUGGCAUGUUUGGGUAUUGCGGUGGUCAGAUGGCAUCUCAGUACUGGAAGCUAUUCUAA